AUGUCGAACCUCUUUUCCGGCAUUAACGCUCGUUUCCGAGGAGGUAAACCCUCUUCUGGUUCUCAAAAGAGCCCAACUGGUUCUACCGCCAGCCAGCCUCCCCCUCCAGAGCUGCCCAGAGAAGGGAGCCAAUCUUCGGCUACUUUGGCCCCCAAGGUUCCUCCUCUGCCAAACUCCCCUUCGCUUGCUCAGACCAUUGGCAUGGACGACUCCAGUGGCGUUAUGAGCGGCGACGAACUCAUCAACUCCUAUCACCUUCCACGACCUCUUCCUCUGUGGCUCAACGCCCAGUACGCCAAGCACAUCGUUAAGGGUAAUUUUAUGACAUUGAGUGCUCGGCCCAAGACUGUCGAGCAAGGCGAGUGGAUUGCUCAUCAAGUCGUUGAGCAUUAUCGCAAUCUAUGGAACUUUGUCCGAGUUAUUCACGAGAAGGAGGAUGAUGGUACAGCUGUCUGCAACUCAACUAGCUGCCCGCGCAUGUCGGCUGGAGCGAACCACUCCUUUACUUGGCUCAACCGAAACAGAGAGCCUGUUGAGCUCCCUGCCUCUGAGUACAUGACUCUUAUGCAGCGAUGGAUCUCUGGCAAGAUCGACGACACUAACAUCUUCCCAACUGACCCCUCUGGUGUCUCGUACGCCCACAACCCCUCCAUCACCACCACACCUUUGUCCCAGCUCUCAAACCCCGGUGAGCCUGAGUACAUCGGAAAGCGUUCAGGUUUCCCAGAUAAGUUCGUCGACAUCUGUCAGAUGAUCUUCCGCCAAAUGUUCCGAGUCUACGCUCACCUUUACUGGGCUCACUUCUCCGAGCCUUUCUACCACCUCAACCUCGAGAAGCAACUCAACAGUUGCUUCUCUCACUUCGUCCUGACCGCUACCGCCCUGGAUAUGCUCAAGCCCGCUGAGCUGGAGCCCAUGCAGCCAUUGAUCGAUCUUUGGGCUGCCAACGGAACCUUCCCUCCCGAGUCCAAGGCAUACGAGUAUUCCAACAUCCGAGCCGGCGAACGACUCCUGCAGCUCUCCACUGCCCCCCAAUAA